AUGUCUUCCCUUUACGCCAAACUGUCUCCCAAUAGCCGGAAAAUAUUCAAAGUCACCCUCCCCACCUUCCUCCGCCACUCUCUCUACUCCCCCAAACCAUCCCCCGGCCGAAUCAAUACCAAAAUCAAACAUCUCCGCGAAAUCUUCCACCACUUCGACGCCAACCGCGACGGCAAAAUCUCAGCCGACGAGCUGCGAUCCAUCUUCUCGUCCGACGGCAGAGCCGAAGCGUUCACGAAGGAGACCGUGGCCGCAAUCUUACCGGGGCUUGAUAUCGACGGCGACGGGCUCAUCGGGUUCGAUGACUUCGUGGCAAUGAUGACGGCGGAGGAAGAGACCGAGGAGGAGCUCCGGCGAGUUUUUGAGGAAUUUGAAGGGGAGAAAGGGUCGGGGAGGAUAUCGCCGGCGGGUUUGCAGAGGGUUUUACGUCGGCGGCUUGGCGAGGAUCGGACGGUGAAGGAUUGUGAGGCGAUGAUAAGGCCGUUUGAUCUGGAUGGAGAUGGUGUAUUGGAUUUUGGUGAGUUUAAGAUGAUGAUGACGAGUUAAGGUGUUGGGUGAAUUUUUCUUUUUGUAUUUAACAAAAUUUUAAGCUAUUCCGCAUGAAAAU